CGCGCUUCAUCCUGACGUAGCGCCGUUCUCUUCGAUCAUACGCCGCUGUUGCGCUCAAUCUACUGACCUGCGAAAUCAACGCAAACGUGGAAUCGGUCACCGUGAUUUUACAUUUUGAUCCCAGUGGGAACCAAGGAGAUUCCAUUUGUCGUCAACAGCUCCAACAACAGGUCUUUCUUCAAGAUUUCCUCCUGACUGAAAUAAGAUGUUUUCCUGCCGUCAAGACAUCCUGUUUAACCUUUUCUUCAAUGUUCAUCACUCUCCAAAACCAAGGAUUGGCAUUGGACGUGUGAACUAAUAUCUAAAUCAACUUCUGUGACUACUCUUCAUUCUCACCCACGCUAGAAGAAUAUGGACAGCCCACCUAAGCUAGCAGGGGAGACCCUUAUUGUCCACCACAUUCCGCUGGUCCACUGCCAGGUUUCGAGUUCGCGACAGUACUGUGGUAGUACGUUGAAAAGGAGCGGGAAUCCCUUUAGCUGUCCGGAGAACCUGGGACUAAGCCGGACUACCUCUCUGCCUGAGAGAGACAUUCUACAGAGGGAGGCGCUAGUGUACAGCAGCCUCAUACAGACAUCCAGCAGCAGCCUUAGCUCUAGCGACACUAAUGGGGGUGAAGGGAUGACAAGUGGAGAAAAACAAGGAAGAGGUGGAAGAGAAGGUGGCAUGGCAAGUGACACUUCUUCUUUCACAUCAAGUAACUCUGAAGAUCAGGCUCAAACCUUGCAGAUGAAAAUACAUGAACGGCCAAACUUGCGACGUAACCCCUUUCUGCUCAACACUGAAGACGAAGAGGAUGAAGACAAUCUGAAUGGAUAUUUGGAAGACUGUUCUUUUCACUUGCAUGGAAAUUCACAUGCAUUACUUGCAAAUGAAGACUUGUCACCUUUCCACUUACAUGACCUUGGCUACAACGCUGAACCUUUUCUAUUGCAUGACUCUACAGAGCAAAAGUGGUGUUCUGCAAAUGGCCCAAGGGGAGCAGCAGAGAGCAGAGACAAUACAAUAGGUGGGACUUUUGAUUUGUCUACUCACUUGGAAGGCCUGAACUUGCUGAGAUUGGACAGCCAGCGACGUCAUGGAAGCAGUGGUUCCACCCUCUCAAUGGAUUGUGGCGAGCAAGAGUGGGGUGAGGAUGAUGAUGAUGAAGACCAGUCCAUGCAGGGUGGCAGAGGAAGCUCCGAAUGUUCCAGUCUGGCAGCGCCUCACUGCUCCUGUUGCGGUCUUUCCCAGCCAUACCCUGAACCUUUCCCAGAAUCAUUUUCCGAGUGUCACCACAGCUAUGCCAGUGAUUCCUCCUGUAACAGCUCGGAUGGAGUGCUGGUUAACUUCAGUACAAUUUACAACAAAAUGAACUACGUUGUCCCAGCAAAGCCAUCACUCAAUAUCAAUAGUUCUGCCGACCAAACCAGUUUCUCUUCUGUGUCCGAGCUUGUUGGUAUGUGCGGGACAGAGUGUAGCAGUGGACAUGGAGCUUUCUACCUGGACUUACACACCUCCCCGACAGAACCCCCAAAGUAUCCUUCAGCCACUCAAGAAUGUGCAAACUCUUCCUCUUCCUCUGUAUGUCCAUCUCAGCCACAAGGUGCCACAGUGGAACUAGAUGCCAACUGUAACUCAUACCACAACCACCUUGGAAGUGAGGCUUUGUCCUCUGCUGAAACCUCUGCCAAUGACCUCACCUUGUGUCUUCAAAGCCAGGCUCGCUUGGUUGUAGCAACGCAGAAUUACUACAAGCUUGUGACUUGUGACCUUUCUUCCCAGUCCUCUCCCAGUCCGGCGGGGUCAUCAGUCACAAGCUGCUCGGAUGAACACAGCAAAGGAAGUCCCACUCAGCCAACAGAGUACUACCUAUUCCAACAAAUGAAAGAGGAUAAAGAGGAAGAGGACACAGAGCUGAAUGAAGCAAAAACGGAGGAUGAUCCAAAUUUGACUGACUCUACCCAUGAUAAUGUCAUUGAGGGGCAGGUGUAUAUCAACAUCUCCACACCUAUGACAGCCUGCAAUACAGUUGGUACUUUGGGAAGUGGUCGCCCCCGUUCCCGCAGCUAUGAUCGGAACUUGAACAAGUCACCAUCUCCUCACCUCAGAUCGCUGGAGCGAAUGCUAAGCUGCCCAGUCCGCCUAAGUGAAAGUGCAGCCCCAAGCCCGCCCCCUCCACCACGGGUCACUUCUUUUGCAGAAAUAGCAAGGAGUAAGAGGAGAACUGGAGGGUCAUCAUUGCAAAAGGGCGGCAUGGAGGCCACGUCUACACACUCCCACUCUUCUGGAGAGUUCUCACCCAUCGUGGAAGACCUUCAGCAGGGUCAAAGCCACAGUCUGCCGCCACUCACUCGAUGCCACAGCCAAGGGAGCUGUGAUAUGUCCUACCCACAUAGACCAUGGAGUACACCAUUGCGAGAGUCACCGGGAGGAGCAGCCAAACAGACUCGAACCAAAGCAGAAGGUGGCCUGUCUAGCUCCACAGACUCCUCUCCAGUUGUAGUUCGCUAUAGCAAAGAUCAGCGUCCGACCUCAUUACCCAUACAGCCCUUCACUUUCCAGCACCAGUUUGGAAAACCCCAAGCGAAGCCUCUCCUUCCACUUCUAGACGGAUACAUUAGCCAUAUGCAGGCUCGAGGAGCUGCAGCUCCUGAAGGUGGUGAAGACGACUCGGAAGAAGACCACAGGGAACCUCACGUGUCCUCUAAUGCACCAACAAUUGUGCGGCCAUCUCCACUGGGCAGCUACUCACCUGUUCGCCUCCAAGGUGUGCCCAUCUCUUCUGGAACCUGCUCAACAUGCACUCCAACCCCGGGUGGUCCGAGACCACCACAUUCCCUCUCUUGCCCCAUCUCUGCUGGUCUUCUGCCCCGGCACACCCCACCUGAAGUGGUUAAACAAACAGGGACUCCUAAACUUGCUCCCUUACCUCCUACGCCACCUCCACCCCCACUGAUAAAGCAAAGCUCGCUGAUGCCUGCUUUGCCUACUAGAAGUCACUGUUUCCACCGUGGCAAUUUGACUGCUUUGCCGACACUUCCUAGCUCUGGUUUUAGUCCUCUUGGACAGUUGGAGCCAGAUCCACAGGAAGAGCCAGUUAAAGUUUUACCAGUGUGUGUGUCACAACGACAGCCUAAUGUGCACCACCUUUCCCCGCAGGCACUGAAAUGGAGAGAGUACAGACGAAAGAACCCUCUGGGUGUGGAGCGUGGUAAAGGCGGUUCCCCUCCUUCUCUUUCUUGUGCUCUGGAAACAAAGAGACCUGGAACUCGUGUCAUUCGACGCAAUGUGUUUGAUUUCCCUCCGACCAAUCAACCGCUCAGCUUCAGCAGACUGAAUGGUCAUUCAUUGAGGCAAUUGCCACAGUGCUACAGCGAUUUCUUGCCUGAUUAUUUCUCUCAGGCUGAGCGCCCCCCAGAGGAAUUCUGCUUAUCUCCUGAUGCUAAUACUGAUGUGUCCAUCUCUAUAGACCUGCUGCAGAAAAGAGGUUUGGUGAGGGCAAUAAAUACGGCAGUCGAUCUGAUAGUUGCUCAUUUUGGCAUUAGCCGGGAUGCUGGAGUUAAGAAUAAAUUGGGGAAUAGCUCUGUUAGUCCUAACGUCGGUCACCUGAUUCUAAAGUAUCUGUGUCCUGCCAUUCGUGAGAUACUGCAUGAUGGAUUGAAAGCCUAUGUAUUGGACCUAAUCAUUGGGCAGCGCAAAAAUCGGCCCUGGAGCGUGGUGGAGGCCUCCACACAACUCGGUCCCUCUACACGGGUUUUGCAUAGUCUCUUCUCUAAAGUCAGUCAGUAUUCCGAGCUGACCAAUCACAAUAUGAGACUCAAUGCCUUCAUCUUCGGCCUGCUUAACUUGCGAUCUCUGGAAUUCUGGUUCAAUCACAUUUAUACACAUGAAGAUAUCAUUGCAGCACAUUAUCAACCAUGGGGUUUCCUACCCCUAUCUCAAGGGGCGUGCCAGCCACUGUUUGAAGAGCUGCUACUCCUUCUUCAGCCACUGUCACUGUUACCGUUUGAUCUUGACCUGCUAUUUGAGCCACACCAGUUACAAAAAGGAGAAGAACACCUGAGACGCAAGGAACAGCUAUGCUCUGCCCGCCAAAGCCUCAGCCAAUCAGAUCGCUCUACCUUCCAGCUCAUGAGAGGCUGUGACACAUUGGAGCCUACACAGGAAGUAGGGAUGGUGUCUUUGAGAGAGAAGUUUAUAUUAAGAGAAGAGGAUGCCCAGCUUAGAAUGGAGGGAGCAUUAAAAGUGAAAAGAGAUGGGCGGAAGAGUGAUGGAGCAGACUGUGAUAAGGAGGCAGGAGAUACACAGAUAGAAGGAGGUGGAUGGAGUGCUGGCAGGAUGAAGGGAGUUGGAGGAAAAGACAGUGAGAAAGAGAAAAGGAGAGAAAGACAUGGAGACGUAGACAAACAGAGAAACAGACAAGCCGGGUGGUGGUACCAGCUCAUGCAGAGCUCACAGGUUUACAUCGACAACUCUGCCGAAGGGUCCAAAUUUGUAAAGUGGGAGAAGAAGAGGAAAGGAGGCAUUGAGAAUCACAGGCAAAGCCAUCCACCUCCUAGAGAAGGUGUAGUUGAGGGGGCUGAGGCCAUGCAGCAGAUGGAUGAACAGGUGGAACAAGGUCAGACCAGCAAUAACAAUAGCAUGGGCAAUGGGACCCUCAACAAAUCAGCGUUGACAAAGCCCACUAAAGCCACAAAUGGAAAGCCAUCAUGGAUGGGAAGUCCACCAGAAUCAGUGCUCACUGAGCUAAAGAAGAGUAAGGAGAAGCAGCCAGGCUGCCAUGAUGCCUAUAAAGGUAUUCAGGCCCAGACGGAAGCAGGGGAGGAUGGCUCAGCACAAGUGUUGCGAUGGGGUCGGCUGUUUGGAGCUGGAAAUGCAAGCAAGAUGGAGAAAAGAGAGCAGAAAUCGGUUAGGAAACAAAGGUUGCCAUCUGGUUGGUUGAGUCUCGACCAUUCCGUGUUGGAUCUGGUGGCUCAAUCUGUUGGUGUGGGGAAAAGAACGGAGCAACAAUAUCAAAGCCAAGAAUCUCAGCUUGGUCCAACUCAACAAGCACAAACACAGAACCCCCCUAUACAAAGACAAGCCCAAAGUGAAGUGAGGGCAUUGUGCCAUCAUAUUGCCACAGAGCCGGGUCAGCUCAGUUUCCGUAAAGGGGACGUGCUACAGGUGCUCAGCAGGGCAGACUCUGAUUGGCUGCUGUGUGCUCUGGGGAACAGCCAGGGCCUUGUUCCCAUCAUAUACGUCACCCUGACUGAGGACAGUCAGGAGCCCCAGCGUUGAAGAUCUAAAGCAUGUGUUCUGAUAAAGAGGAGCAUGAGAUGGGGUUGGGGACAGAGGGUCACUAUGAAACUGGCUGCACAAAAGAUGAGUCUGACAGAUUUCAUUAUUGUGCUUGCAUGUGUAUGUAAACACCUAUACACACACAAACACACACAAAUAUCAUAAUUUACUGCUGUGAAAUCACCCUCUUUGUUUCAGUGAACAGCAAUGAGCCAACCAGUGAUUAGAAAGUGUAGAUCUAGUUACUGAGUCGUGAUAUUGUUUGCGUUGAGCCAUCAGGUUUUGCAACUUAGCUUUAAAUCAUAUAUGUCAAUAGCCUUUAAAAAAACGAAAAAACCAAAUGGAGUUAUAAGAUGACACUACUGGCACAUAUGCCUUGUCUUUAUAAAUACUGUAUGAUUUUAUGUAAUCUAGAUGUUAAUCGAUUUCUGCAUUGUGACCACAAAUGUGUUUGCAUAUGCCUUUCAAAGUUGUACAUCUUGGACUGUUUGUUCAAAUAACUGUAUCAAAUUAAGCAGAACAGUACAUUGAAAAAGGGAAAUCUUGGUGGCAGUCAACUAACUGCUCUCCUGAUAUACUUAAGGGAAUUAAAUCGCUUUUACGGGUUGAAAAACAUGUCCAGAGGCAUCAUAUCCAUGACACAGUCUUUUCUGAUGUGAGCUGCACUGACAGGUACGUAAAUCAAAAACAAGGGACAAUUUACAAAAAGACUGUCUGCAUGUGAUGGAGUAUUUUGCAUUCACACAAUGGUUUGUGUUUCUGAUACUGAAUUGAAAAGGUAAAUUAAGCUCAGUCUUUUACCUUAAUUUGACUAUAUCUCUUCCUAUUAAACCUUUUGUACAAUCUGCAAGAGAUGACAAAAGGGAAGAUGUGUCUACUGUUUGUCUAACGUUUUAUUUUGAUUUAACACCCUUGGAGUCCUUUGUGGCCUAUAUUGAUUAAGAUAGAUCAGCUUGUAAAUGAAUGGAUGGAUGUAUAGAUAGAAUGGGACAGAUGCAUAGAGUUUUUUGUAAGCAGUUGAUUAGAUGGAAAAAACAAGAGUUUAAAAAGGUGUUGAUGUUACUCAUAAACCCCUUAUACUCCAAUCAAACACAUUUGAAUAAAAUUACUUAUUUCCAUUUAAAGUCUGCUUUCAAAGUCUGUCAAUUCAAAGUUUAGAUCAUUUGAAUAUUAUCUACAAACAACUAAAAACCAGUUGAAAGACAUUCCUCUGCUUUUGCAUUAGAGGACAAAGAGAGAAAUUUAGGCAGGGACGCCAUAAUAGUCAAAUAUUACAUAUGAUAUUGCAGUGGUACCCUGUUGUGUAUUUGUGAUGUUAUGGCCAUUUGUUGUGCUAAAUUUAACUCAAGGUGAGGCCUUAGGACAGGAAUGUUUAUUAUGUAUUUUAUUUAAGCGUUAAAUGGUUAUUUUGGACUUAAGUAUGGUCCGCAAUUUUAUUUAAAAUUAUCUUUGGCCCUCAGUAUGGCACUUGGUAUGCUUUUGCUUAACAAAGUAAUAUAUAAAAAUCACAUUUUUAUUUGAUUUAAUCAAAUUGCAUUAUUAAGACAUCUCUAGAUGAUAAUGUCAUGAUUUUUAUUAUUUUCUAUUUAUAAAAUGCAUUGGUCAUUAUUUUGUGUAUUAGUUCAUGUAAAUAUUUUGCAUUCUCAUGCUCUUGAAAGGAAAAUUACUUUAACUACUUGUUAUUAACAGCUUAUAACACAUUGUUAUUGUUAAUAGUUAAAAAACUAUUCAAAUACUAUGUACAUUAUGUUGUUAUGGGAUGUUAUGAUUAAAACAAAAAAACUGCGCAAUCUAGAUUAUAGUGCUGCUUUAGGUCAGUGGUUCUAAACCUUUUUGACUCCAAGGCCCCCCACUGUCCAAGACAAUAUUUGAAGGCCCCCUCGACCGAAACUAGAUGUGUCUGAUUAAAAUAAUUAAUCAUGGAUCAUUUUUGUUUCUAGAAGUUUCAGAAAGAGUCUGUUUAUAAUUUGUAGACAUUAAGUAUUUUUUAGCAUUUUAAUUAAGUUAUUUUAAGUCAACUUGAAGCCCCCUUGGAAGUGUGCUGAGGCCCCCUAGUGGGUCCCGGCCCCCUGGUUGAGAACCACUGCUUUAGGUCAUUCUUUGUAACUCAGAGAUUUGUCUGUUGGUCUUCCAAAUAUGCUUUGCUUUUCACUGGAACCCACCCUGCUAAUGUCAGAGAGAAAGAGAGAGAGAGAGAGAGAGAGAGAGAGAGAGAGUGAAAGAGCUGUGCAGUGCCUUUUUUGAAUCAAUGUGUCUACUAAAGGGAAUCACGAGUGCUUAUAAUAACUGUGUCUUUUCAAAAGUGUUUGGUGCCAUUCAAGUUCUUUUCUGAUGUGUAUGAAGAAUGGUCUGUACAAAGGCAAAAUGAUAAACUGGCAUCCGUUUUAGCCAUAGUUUGCUAUCAUCUUUCUAUGCAGAUUGUUAGAGAAUGAACUGUGAUAGCGGAAGUCUUGAUCGGAUGGUUUAUGUAUGUUUGUGCAAUGAUCUCUCUCUCACUCUCCCUCUCUACAGGCUUUGUACAUCCUGAUUUUCCUUGCCUGUGUAUAUAUAUAUAUAUGAUACCUGUAGCCCAUCUGGCUCUCCUACCCCCUCUGUAUGACCAUGUUGUGCUCUUAUGACAUUACCACCAUGUAUGGAUAUCAAUAACAAAGUGCUCAUGUGGAUACUGA